CCUCUGUUGACUAUCACUGCCCACUGACAGUUUUUUUAUUCUUUUGUCAGAGGACUACACGGAAGAGCUUGCCGUCGCACACAUUCGGCGACUCCUUGACAUCGUGGCCUGCACCACCUCCUUUGCCUCCGCCACAAAACCUCCCGCCUGCAAGUCCAAAGACCCCACCGAACCGGGUUCAGAAAAUGGAUCGGAAACAAGCCCAAGAGUCAAACCCGUGGAUCCGAAUUCGGAUUCGGGCAAUGCCAAAACCGACAAAGUGGACGGUGACAUCUCCAUGUGUCCACCUCCCAGGCUUGGACAGUUCUACGAUUUCUUUUCGUUUUCUCACCUUACGCCGCCGUUUCAAUACAUACGGAAAUCAAAUCGACCUUUCCUUGAGGAGAAAACAGAAGAUGAUUUCUUUCAGAUUGAUGUUAGAGUUUGUAGUGGAAAACCUACUACAAUUGUUGCUUCUAGAAUAGGAUUCUAUCCUGCUGGAAAACAUCCACUUGUGAGUCAUACAUUGGUGGGUCUGCUUCAGCAGAUAAGCAGGGUUUUUGAUGCUGCUUACAAGGCACUUAUGAAGGCGUUCACGGAACACAACAAAUUUGGUAAUCUUCCUUACGGUUUUCGUGAAAACACAUGGGUUGUUCCUCCGGUUGUUUCUGAUAAUUCAUCCAUCUUUCCACCACUUCCCGUGGAAGAUGAAACUUGGGGAGGAAAUGGGGGUGGACAAGGCAGAGGUUGUAAUCACGAAAAUAGACAGUGGGCGAGAGACUUUGCAAUUCUAGCUGCAAUGCCAUGUCAAACUGCAGAGGAGAGACAGAUUCGGGAUAGGAAAGCUUUUCUACUUCAUAGUUUAUUUGUUGAUGUAUCAGUCUUCAAAGCUGUUUCUGCUAUAAAAAAUUUAGUGGAUAUUAAGCAAAACUCUUCUUUGCCAACUUCGUAUGAAGAAAGUAUUGGGGAUUUAACUAUUAAAGUAACAAGAGAUGUUUCCGACGCUAGUUUGAAGUUGGAUUGCAAAAAUGAUGGAAAUCGAGUUCUUGGAUUGUCUGAAGAAGAACUAGCUCAAAGAAACCUUCUCAAAGGCAUAACUGCUGAUGAGAGUGCAACUGUUCAUGAUACUCCUACUCUAGGUGCAGUACUUAUAAAACACUGUGGCUACACAGCUGUUGUAAAGGUCUCCGCUGACAGAGAUUUGGAGGGGAGUCCUAAUUCGUCAGAAAUUGAUGUUGAAGAGCAGCCUGAAGGAGGUGCAAACGCAUUGAAUGUUAACAGCUUACGGAUGAUAUUGCAUAGGCCAUCUACACUCCAACCAUCAAAUGCAAGUCAACGAAUCCAAGGCACAGACAUUGAAUAUUCACGUUCAACUCAAUCAUUGGUAAGGAAAGUCCUAGAAGAAAGUUUACAAAAAUUGAAGGAAGAAACCACUAGACACAGAAAAUCUAUCAGAUGGGAGCUUGGGGCAUGUUGGGUACAACAUUUACAAAAUCAAGCUACUGGGAAAACUGAGCCAAAAAAGGAAGAAGAGGCUAAGUUUGAGCCAGCUGUUAAAGGUCUUGGGAGGCAAGGUGGAUUACUAAAGGAAUUAAAGAAAAAAAUUGAUAACAAAAACUCCAAAGUUGAAGUAGGAAAGGAUAUUUCCCCAUCUAAUAAUGACAAUGACAUAAACAAGCAAGAAGCCACGAAACAGGAAUUAGAGAGACAAGGGGAAGAAAAGGAAACUAUAUGGAGAAAGCUACUUUCUGAAGCUGCAUUUACACGUCUUAAAGAAUCUAAAACUGAUCUUCAUCUGAAGUCACCUGAUGAAUUGAUGGAGAUGGCACAUAAAUAUUAUGUUGAUACUGCACUUCCAAAGCUGGUGGCAGAUUUUGCGUCCCUUGAACUCUCACCUGUUGAUGGAAGGACGUUGACUGAUUUCAUGCAUACUAGGGGCUUGCAAAUGUCUUCCUUAGGCCAAGUGGUUGAGCUUUCAGAUAAACUCCCUCAUGUGCAAUCUCUAUGUAUACAUGAGAUGGUUGUUCGAGCCUACAAGCAUAUCUUACAAGCAGUUGUUGCUGCAGUUGAUAAUGUUUCUGAAUUGGCUCCAUCUAUUGCAUCAUGCCUAAAUAUAUUGUUGGGAACACCAACAUCUGAAACUAGUGAUGAAGAUAUUAUUACUAGUUAUGAACUGAAAUGGAAAUGGGUAGAAAACUUUCUUCUGAAGAGGUUUGGAUGGCAAUGGAAGGAUGAAAAUGGUCAAGAUUUAAGAAAGUUUGCCAUUCUUCGGGGACUCUGCCAUAAGGUGGGGCUUGAACUGGUUCCUAGGGACUAUGAUAUAGAUACAUCAUGUCCUUUUAGAAAGACGGAUAUUGUAAGCAUGGUCCCCAUAUAUAAGCAUGUAGCUUGCUCAUCUGCUGAUGGCCGCACACUUUUGGAAUCAUCCAAGACUUCCUUGGAUAAAGGUAAAUUGGAGGAUGCUGUCAAUUAUGGCACAAAGGCACUCUCAAAAUUAGUGUCGGUAUGUGGGCCUUACCAUAGAAUGACAGCAGGAGCAUAUAGUCUCUUGGCUGUUGUGCUGUACCAUACUGGAGAUUUCAAUCAGGCAACUAUUUAUCAGCAAAAGGCACUAGAUAUUAACGAAAGAGAGCUUGGACUGGACCAUCCUGAUACGAUGAAAAGUUAUGGGGAUCUUGCUGUUUUCUAUUAUCGACUCCAACAUACGGAAUUGGCUUUAAAGUAUGUUAAUCGUGCUUUGUAUCUUCUGCACUUAACUUGCGGACCUUCACAUCCAAACACGGCUGCCACCUACAUUAACGUAGCAAUGAUGGAAGAAGGAUUAGGGAAUGUCCAUGUUGCUCUCAGAUACCUUCAUGAGGCUUUAAAAUGUAACAAAAGAUUACUUGGAGCUGAUCAUAUUCAGGUUCUCCCUUAUUCCUUGCACGAACCUUACAG